AUGCAGAGAGGAAAGAUGUGUAAGUCCAAGUUCCAGGCCAAGAAAGCUGAGAAGCUGACCUUGUCUGGGUGUAGCAUCACCAAGAGUAUCGAACCCACUUACUGCGGCAUCUGCACCGACAAAUGCUGCUGCGUCCCCAACAAAUCCAAAAUGGUGGCCGUCAACUUCAAGUGCAACGGCGGCUCCAACGUGCGCUGGAAGAUGCAAUGGAUAACGUCCUGCGUGUGCCAGAGUAUGUGCGACGACCCUGGGGACAUGUUCGCAGAGCUACGCUUCUUCUAGCACAUUCUCUAGCAUCUAUAUCAACCUUUGAGCCUCAUCCAUAUCCCUGCCUACAGAUUCCAACACAGGCCCGGCCUUACUGCCUCUGACCGAGUCAUCCAUAUCCCUGCCUACAGAUUCCAACACAGGCCCGGCCUUACUGCCUCUGAC